GCAUAUUCAACUCCCUUCUCUUCCUCGUCGGCGGCCUCCUCUUCUUCGAUCUCUCCUCCCAUUUCAACGCUCAGGGGAGAGGCGGCGGGUAGGAAGCCCCCAGCUUUGCGCCUCCGCAGCAUGUGGAGCUAGCCGUGCGGGGGAGGACCCACGCCAUGCAGAGCGGGUCCGCAUCGCCGGCCCCGCCGGAGGACAAACCGCUGGCGGCGGCGGCGGUGGCUGAGGCGCAGGCGGUGGAGGAGGCUGACGGGGAGCAGGCGAAGGAGGAUGCGGUGAAGAUGGUGGAGGCUGAACCGGAGAAGCCAGUGAAGCGGGGGCGUGGGCGGCCGCGGCGGCGGCCCGCGCCGGAGGGGAGCGGGGUGGUGAUGGUCAAGCGGGACCUGCUCGCGAGCUGCAUGACGUGCCCAAUCUGCAAGCGCCUUCUCCGCGACGCCACCACCAUCUCCGAGUGCCUCCACACAUUUUGUAGAAAGUGUAUCUAUAAGAAGCUUAAUGAUGAGGAGUUAGACUACUGUCCAGAAUGUAAAAUUGAUCUCGGCUGCGCUCCACUUGAGAAGCUUAGAGCCGAUCACAAUAAACAAGACGUGAGGUCGAAGAUUUUUCCAUCGAAAAAAACAAAGAUCGAUGACGCUAAAGUUGAAUCUCCCAUUUCAGUGCCUAUUAAAAGGAAAGAGAGAUCUAUCUCUUCAUUGGUGGUUGAUACACCUCGAAUAACAACGGGUUUGACAGGGCGCCGAACAAGAGCAGUUACUAGGAAGGCUGCUGCUGCUGCAUUACGUGGCCUUGGUCCAAUCCUUGAUCCUGUAGAAAAGGAUAAUGGUAGUGCCAAUAAGCAUGCUGAUAAUAUAAGCUUGCUAGAUAGCUUGAGCAAAGUGCCUCAAACAAGAAGAAAGGCAUCAUCGACUGCCGAAACAUCAAGUCGUAACUCUAAUAAAGAUAAAGCAGGUGACGAUAAGGACUUGGAUAAGGCAGAGCUCUGGAAACCUUUAAAUUGUCUUGUAGACGCUGCAAGCAAAACAAAGUCCUUCAGAUCAAGUCCACAUACUCCAGCUGCUAAGGCAGAUCCUCCCAAUGGAUCUCCUAGUAGUGAACAUGCUAACCGAGAAAAGUCUGGGGAGCAGCUGCGGAAGUCCAAACUUCAAGAUGACAAGAAAGAUGUUCCUCUGUCAGUAAUGCUUAAAAAGAAAGGGCCUGGCCGGGCGAAGAGUGCAGCUUCUGUUGCUGCAGCUAGCCAGAAGGCCCAGAACAGUAGGCCAAUAAACCCCAUAUGGUUCUCAUUGAUUGCUUCGUUUGAGCAGAAAGGUUCCCCGCCCUUGCCACAGAUACCUGCCCAUUUUUUGAGAAUAAAAGAUGGAAGUAUACCCGCAUCAUCCAUCCAGAGGUACAUUAUGCAGAAGCUCGGUCUUCAAAGUGAGUCUGAGGUUGAAAUGAGCUGCUGUGGGCAGUUUGUGAACCCUGCACAACCUCUGCGCAACCUGAUGGACAGGUGGAUGAGGGUCGGCCCGGCGCGCCCUCUGCAGACGUCGGUAGGCUCCUCGGGGGGAGACUACGUGAUGGUUGUAUCCUAUGGGCGGCCAAAGUCUUGAACCCGGCGAUCUCCUGCUUUAUCAGGAGGGUUGCGCCGUGCUGCGCCCUGGGAAGAGGUCCUCCAAAGAUGAAGGAUUCUCUCCCUAGUCGACAUAUACUCGAUAGAAUGUGGCUGGCUCGCUCUGCAGCCAGCCCAGCCCACCUUGUCGGUGCUCACAAUCUGCUGCUGCUGGAUGCUGUCGGUUCUCUUAGGAUGGAUUUAUUCGUUGUUCCCCUUUGUUCGUUUAUACCCUUGUUAUAUGCAGAUGAAACUCUGGCUGGAAAUUGACUGACGAUGAGGCUGGAUAAAGUGGUUGGUUCGAAUUGCUCGACAAAAUGGCUGAUAA